AUGCAACAAACAAUCACAACUACAGCUUCUCCGAACACAAAUGCUCAUAGGAAGGCGCUUCCUGCACCUCCGGGCAACGAUCAGGACCGCGGGAACAACUUUGCAGGCUCACUUCAUCUUAUCGCCAAAUUGCGGGCCAGAAAUUCGAGACCCGCUGCAAAGCUAGAGCGACUUGACGAAGAGGACGAAUACAUCGAUCAAACCAAGCAAGAAAUUCGCUGUAUCAAGAUCCAAGACAUCGGCGCCGCUCGUAACGCACUUCGCAUGGCUCAGCAAGCUUUCGAAGCUGGAACCGGAACGCUUAGCCAGUUGCAACUGCAGGGUGACCGUCUUAAGAACGCAGAGAACAAUCUCGACCAGGCUGCAUUUGCCAACAAGGACGGAGCGCGCAAGUUGAAAGCUCUGGAAACAAGCAAACUCGCUGCCGGAUGGCAAGCCUCCAAAGAAAAGAACAUCCACAAGUUCACAGACAUACGUCGUCACCGUGGCGCUACUUCCAAGGACAUUCUAUCUCGUGCCAAGUACCAGUUUGAGCCCGACUCUGAUGACGAAGAGCUUGAAGAUGUCAUCGAAGGUACUCUUGACGAGAUCGCUUGA